AUGGCUUCUGACACUAAUAAUAAAUUACAAGUUGAUUAUUUAAAAGUCAAACAACUUAUUAACAACCUUAAAGAUAGUUCUUUUCUUGAAUUUUUAAAGGUUGACCUAAGAGAAUACAAUGCUGAUGAUAUAAAUGAAGCACAUAUAGUCAAUACUGUUAAACUUACUAGUGAUGAAGAUUCAGAGUUUCAAGAUGUUUUCAGUAUCUUUGAAUACCAAUUAUUAUUAAAUAUGGAUGUAAUACAAAUUAAGCAAAAAGUAGUACAAAUUGAUGUAUUACCUGUGAUUUUUAAAGCAGAAGCCACUCCUUUUACUCCUAAAGGAAAAGAAAUCAAACCAAACUUAUCUUCUCCUAAUAUGAAUAAAAAGAAGAAAAAAGUUGCAUUCAUUUCAAAGACUAGUUCAACUAGUACCAGUUAUAAGACUUCUAAGAAACAACCAGCUAGUAUACCAGCUGACUAA